AUGUCUCUUCAAGCCAUCAAAUAUGCCGACAAUCAGUUGCAAAUCAUAGAUCAGCUGCAACUCCCUUUCGUUACCGAAUACAUCCCUAUUCGAUCUGCGCAAGAUGGUUGGCAUGCAAUUAAGGAAAUGCGCGUUCGUGGCGCCCCCGCCAUUGCGAUUGUCGCAAUCCUGUCGCUUGCGGUCGAGCUGAGCGAGAUCCAAACUGCCGGGAAAUUGUCGUCUUCUUCGGAAGAGGUUGGCCUGUUUAUCAUUGAAAAGCUACACUACCUUGUCACCAGCAGGCCGACUGCAGUCAACUUAGCUGAUGCGGCGCGCAAAUUCGAAACUAUGGUGACGGAGCACACCAAGACUCAGGGUUCUACAGGACAAUCACUUGUUGCAGCGUAUCUCCAGGAAGCCGAGUUGAUGCUGGUCCAUGAUCUCAGCGACAACAAAAACAUUGGGGCGUAUGGAGCAAAAUGGAUCCUUGAGCGAGCAGCAACGGAGGGACAGGCCAAGGUCAAUGUGCUCACUCAUUGCAACACAGGCUCUCUUGCGACUGCGGGUUAUGGUACAGCAUUGGGUGUUAUCAGAUCGCUUCACGAGGGAAACGCCUUGAAUCGCGUCUAUUGCACAGAGACUAGACCCUACAACCAAGGUGCACGGUUAACAGCAUACGAACUAGUACACGAGAAGAUGCCCGCAACCCUCAUAACAGACUCCAUGGCUGCGUCGCUACUUGCCAAGCCCGAAUCAAAAGUGUCGGCCAUUGUCGUCGGCGCAGACCGUGUGGCUGCCAAUGGCGAUACUGCGAACAAGAUCGGAACAUAUGCCCUCGCCGUACUGGCAAAAUAUCACGGUGUUAAAUUCCUUGUGGCUGCACCACGCACAACUAUUGACCGAGGAACUCCGUCAGGAAAUGAAAUCGUAAUCGAAGAACGUGCCCCAUCGGAGGUGACCACCAUCAAGGGUCCCUUGCAGGGGCGCGUGGGAGACGCUUUACAGAUGGAGACUAUUCAACUGGCAGCCACCGGCAUAGAUGUCUGGAAUCCUGCAUUUGACGUCACGCCGGCAGCUCUUAUCGAUGCCGUUAUCACCGAGAAAGGAGUCGUCGAGAAGGGCUCAGAUGGGCACUUUCAUUUCGAUGCGCUCUUCGACGAAUCGUCCUCUUCGUGA